UUAAGACGUUCCUGAUAAUAUCUAUCAUUAUGUCGUGUAUCAUAACAUUCACGUAACAUUCCACCAUUUUACGCAGUUAGUAUUUUUUGUUUACAUAGCCCAGUAUCACGAAUACAAUUCAUAAAAAUGACUCGAGGGGCUUUACAACAUCUGAUACACGUACAGUUCUUCACAGUGUGACUCAUGGUUUUGUAACAGUGUUCUUAUUCUCCGGUUUUCUUUUUGUGGUUUGAUUAUGUGUUAAGUGUUUGAAUUCCAUAUUCCAUCUAAUAUGUUUUUCGUUGCAGCAUAUUUUUGUUGUGUAUUCCCUUCGGUUCCCACGUUAGAUUGAAUAGAUUUAUUUUUUUAAUAAGUUGUUCUUCUUUUCCUCUGUUUGAACUCUAAGGGACGCUGUUGAUCAGCAAAACAGAGUGUAGUGUUGUUCGGACUGUGAGGAGAGAGGAGGAGAGAAAGAGGAGAGGGGGAAACGCUGACUUUCAUUCAAGGAGGCGUUCGACGGAAAUUCAGUGGCUUUGACACGGCAUUUUUUGUUUUAUUAUAAUCGAACAAUUUUGCUCCAAAAAAGAAAUGCAGCACGUUUGAACUGAAGUGUAGAUCGCAUCUACGUCGUGGCUGUGGUUUUAAAUUGCUUUUAUAUUCAGGAUUUUACUCUCAACGACAUGGGGAUACGCCAGCAACGAUGCGGAAAAUGGCUGUUGUGUUGGACACUUACAAGGAAACUGUUCAUUUUUCUCUUCAUGAUUUCCACCAUCAACGGUCAAAUCCGUUAUUCAAUACCGGAGGAGUUGAGGAAAGGUUCUCUCAUCGGUAAUGUAGCACAAGACCUUGGUUUGGAUCUGAAAAGGCUUCGGUCCGGUCGAGCCCGUAUUGUGACAGGGGAAAGCAAUCAGUACACCGAGCUAAACACAGACAAAGGGAUUCUAGUCGUGAAUGAGAUAAUCGACAGAGAAGAGCUUUGUGGAGACCUUUCGCCGUGCAGCUUCAGCUUUGAGAUUAUUUUGGAAAAUCCAAUUGAACUGCACAGGGUGACAGUCGAAAUAUUAGACGUCAAUGACCAUGCGCCGACUUUCAAAAAUAAUGUAAUUAAUCUAGAAAUCAGUGAAUCUGCAACAGCGGGGUCUCAUUUUGACUUAGAAAGCGCAUAUGACCCCGAUGCAGGGAUUCACAGUUUGCAAAAAUAUGUUUUAUCCCCUAAUGACAAUUUCGUUUUGAAGCAACACUCCAACGCAGAUGGAGUCAGAUUCGCUGUAAUGAUUUUACAGAAGCCACUGGACAGAGAGUUGAAUCCACACCUCUCUCUAAAGAUGAUUGCAGUAGAUGGAGGAACUCCAACGCGAUCUGGUACAGUAAAUGUGGAGAUCACUGUUCUUGAUGCCAAUGAUAAUCCUCCUGUAUUUAAUCAAUCUGUAUACACUGCUACUGUGACUGAAAAUGCCCCCAUAGGCACAUAUAUUACGACUGUGAACGCCACAGAUGUCGACAGUGGAUCUAAUGGAUUGGUCACAUAUAUUUUUUCUAAUGUAAAGGGAAACUCUGGGGAGAAAUUUGCACUUGACAGUUUAUCUGGCAAAAUAACUGUUGCUGAAAAAAUUGAUUUCGAAAAAGACAGAAAAUACGAAAUAAGAGUGAUCGCCAAAGAUCAGGGUGGCCUAAGUGACGCAACCAAAGUUGUGAUUGAGGUCACUGACAUGAAUGAUAAUGCUCCAGUUAUAAAUAUAAUGUCAUACUCUAACUUGAUUUCAGAGGAUGUCCCCGCAGGCACAACUAUAGCUGUUUUUAAUGUUAAAGAUGCAGACUCUGAAAGAAACGGUCAGAUAACGUGCUCAAUAGAUUAUUAUCUUCCAUUUAAAAUCCAGUCUUCUUUGACUAAUUAUUACAAUUUGCUUUCAAAUGUACCUUUUGAUCGUGAAACGAAACCAGAAUACAACAUAACAUUAACUGCAACCGAUUCAGGGUCGCCUCCUCUUUCUACAAAAAUAACGUUACACCUUAAGAUUUCUGAUGUGAACGAUAAUGCUCCGUCCUUUACUAAACCUAAUUACUCUGCCUUCAUCUCUGAAAAUAAUAUCCCUGGUAUGUCAAUCUUCGGUGUGAGCGCACGAGAUUCUGACUGGAAUCAAAACGCAAGAAUAUCGUACUUUCUAGAGGACACACAGAUCAGUGGCAGCCCCGUUUCUUCUUAUGUGUCCAUAAAUUCUGAAACUGGGGUUCUUCACGCAGUGCGCUCAUUUGAUUUUGAGCAGAUCAAGCAGGUUGUGUUCACUGUUAAAGCGCAGGAUGGAGGCUCCCCUCCACUCAGUACUAACGCAACUGUGAAAGUACUGAUCCAGGAUCAGAACGACAACCCUCCUCAGGUUCUGUACCCUGUCCAGACUGGUGGCUCUCUGGUGGCUGAAAUGGUGCCUCGUUCUGUCGAUGUGGGUUAUCUGGUCACUAAAGUGGUGGCUGUGGAUGUGGACUCUGGACAGAAUGCCUGGCUCUCCUAUAAACUGCAGAAAGCCACAGACAGGGCGCUGUUUGAAGUGGGCUUACAGAAUGGAGAAAUAAGAACUAUCCGCCAAGUCACUGAUAAAGAUGCUGUGAAACAAAGACUGACUGUUAUAGUGGAGGACAACGGGCAGCCCUCUCGUUCAGCUACAGUCAUUGUUAACGUGGCGGUGGCGGACAGCUUCCCUGAAGUGCUGUCUGAGUUCACUGACUUUACACAAGACAAGGAGUACAACGACAACCUGACUUUCUACUUAGUGCUGGCUUUGGCUGUAGUUUCCUUCCUCUUCAUCACGUGUCUAGUGGUUAUUAUAUCAGUGAAGAUCUACAGGUGGAGACAGUCUCGCGUAAUGUAUCACUCCAAUCUCCCUGUGAUUCCGUAUUAUCCACCACGUUACUCAGACACUUUGGGGACAGGGACUCUCCAACACGUGUAUAACUACGAGGUGUGCAGGACGACUGACUCCAGAAAGAGUGACUGUAAGUUCAACGGAGCCGGUAGUCAGAACGUGCUGAUAAUGGACCCCAGUUCUACAGGGACGAUGCAACGGAUACAGAGUGAGAAGAGCAUCCUGGAUGAACCAGACUCUCCUCUAGAGUGAAAGCCAGAGACGCUGACUGGAACCAGAACGCCCGUGUUUCUUACAUACUGGAGGACUCCUCUGUUAACGGAGUGCCAGU